AUCGAGUGACAUUUCGUAUUUUUAUUGACUAGACGGGUUUCACUCGGUCUCGGGGUUGCAGAUGGACAUUGCAUUUGCGGUUAUACUAAUGAAGAAUAUAUGUGGUGGAUUUCGUACUUACGCUUACGCUAUACAUUAGUAUAUACAUCGAUAUAUGAGAAAAAAAUAAAUCCUGCGAAAAUAAUGCUCGUUCGCUCGUUAAAAUUCAAAAAUAGUUCAAUCUGACAACAUGAGUUUGACUUUUUCUCGAGAUAUCAUGCAUAUAAUUUUUUGUAGAUCAGUGGAUUGGGCAACUUUUGACAAUUAAUCUACAAUUAAAUGUACGCAAACAUAUACCUGCGGUCAGGUAACAAAAAGCCAUGUUCUUUUUCGUGCGUAGAAAUAGUAUUGAGUCAAGUGUUGGUUAUCGAGUCACUGGAAAAACGAGACAAAGUGCGUGUGAUACGGUGCUGCCGAAACAUUCCGUUUUAUCGAAUAAAAAUAACUUUGCAUAACAUGGUGUGUGUAGGAGUCCUUGAAGUGCUUACAAAGUCCUCGAACUUAUUUACUAAGCAAAAGUGAGUUUAGUUGAAAUAACCAAGACUUUGCAGAAUACGUCAAAAGAAAUAUUUUGUACUGGUUAUAAUUGCACAAAUUACACCGGCACACAAAAAAGAAAAAGUUUGUUUAUUCGCGCCACUGCUGGGUUUUUCAUUAUUACACUUAUGCUCGAGUUGUUCGUGGCUGUAAACUCACAGACAACAUCGAUUACGGGUACGGUCGCUUCCCCAGAAAAUGAGCAGGACGUAUGUCUCGCAGCAGAGGAUUUCGUCGAAAACCUCUUUCAGAAAUUCGCACGCCGUUAUAUUAAGACAUCAUACGGCGAUUCUUUUAUGAAGGACAGAGUUGCUUCACCUUGGAACGCUUUUUUCUUCUUAUCUCUUUUGUCGUAUCAAGCUGAAGGAAGUGUAAGAAAUGAAUAUUUACAAUUACUCGAGCUUCCAGUCGACAAAACAGAGAUUGCUAAAGCUGGUUAUGGAAAACACUGGAAUGCAGUAGCCAAACACUUGAACAUGAAAAUGAAAAUAUUCGUUCGCUCAAGUAUAGCUCUAAAACCCGACUUCGUCGAACUCGGCACACAAAUUUUGGAGGCGGAAAUUGAGCGAGAUAAUAAAAUGCAGAAUUAUCGGGAUCGAGUCUUCGUAGCAAUCAACAAUUGGGUGAAGGCUCAAUUAAAUGUGGAACCGUUAUUUGAUCAAGACGAUGUGGGACUCGACACGGAUGUGAUUGUCGUUAAUACUAUCAAAUUUGCGAGACCUUGGAAGAAGCCAUUCGUCACCUCUGAUACUACAUCACGUUCCUUCUACCUGCUUGAUUCUUUCAAUAAUAAAGUACCCCCAAAAAACGUACCGACCAUGCACAUAUCUGGUCGUUUCCGACAUGGCCAGCUCCCUGAUUUACGAGCAACGUUUGUUGAACUUCCUUUCAGGGUGAGAAACUGUGCUGACGAUCCGAUAAGCUUGUUCUUAAUACGCCCGGAUAACCCUGAUUUGAUCGAGUGGUCGUUGAACGAUUUUGGAAACCUAAAUGUGAAUUCGUUACUCACCAGUACGGAAGACGACAUUGAUUUGUAUCUUCCAAAGUUUUCAUUUGUCCAAAAAAACAAAAUAAAAGUACCCAAUUUACAGAACAUUGUUUUUCAGGUCGGGGGUCGCAGAUCUCAAUUUUUCCCGAAUUUUUUUUCGAUUCAAGAGUGUAUGACUAUCCGUGAGACAAUCUCGGUCGUUGUCAAUGAAACAGGCUACUUCCUUGAAGAAUCAACUGGACUUACUUAUAACCCGGAUUAUCUGGUUUCGAAUCGACAAGAACGAUCGGUUCCAUCGCCAGUACCAUUUGGGAUGAAUUAUCCUUUUAUUGCGAUCAUUGGAGUCAAAGGGAAAUCCUUGAAUCCUUUAUUGGUUACGAAGUUUCCUGGCCGUAUAUUUGUCGACAAGUUAGAAGAUCCAACGCAUUAUAUACUGAAGCAUUCAUAAAAAUGAAUUAUGUUUUUUUUGAAAGAUCACGAUUCAAUAGUUGUAAUGAAAUAAAUGAGGCAAUUGCACGUGAGGAUUUGAAAGUUCUUUCAAUCCCCAACGAGAAUCAGCGAGUCCUGAAGGAAGAAGAAGCAAGAAAAAAGUACCAACUUGGGACUUCAGUAGACACAUGAGACCCAAAUUAAGUCCCAAAUGGAACUUCAUUUUUCAAUAAAUUGGGAUUGAAUUUGUCGUUAUAAGUCUCGUAUUGGGAUCCGAAAUUCUACGUAGGGUUUUUUAUAGCCCUAUUUGAAUCGAAUUUGGACUGAAUCUGGAACCGAGUAUGGAAGAAAAAAGUCCUAUUUUGGAAUUAAUUAUUCAUCAAAUCGGAAGAUUUCCCAUAAAAAUAUCGAUGUUAAGGUUCUUGGGUAGAAUUCCUACUUUUUCAUACCAGGAGAGCCAGGACAGUUCAGAUUCGUUCUGUCUCAAAAUUUUGGUGCGGACUCUAUUCCAACUUUUUUUGUUAAAUUUUUGAGUGACGAUUAAUUGAGAAAAAGAAUUUUCUUACUUAGAUUCAAAAUUGAUUUUUCUCCGUUUCUAGACGAGAAGACUUAUCACUCAUUAUUUAUAAGAAUCGAAUAUCGAGCAAUAAAAAUUAUCAGAAUCAAAAAUAGCUUACUUGCGUAAGAAUUGUAUCGAGUUUCAAGAGUGAGAAAAUAAGUUGACAGCUCAAUUUUAAAAUCAGACUGAAAUAAAAUUACAUCGUUUUUCAUUCACCAAUAUUAUUAAUUAAAAAAAAAAAUUCCAGAAAUACAAAUUUUCACAUGCGAUUUUAACAAAAUCUCAUUUAUUAUAUUGUCAAUUUAAACACAGAAAAAAUACAAAAUGAA